CUGCUUACUUCUCAAGUGGAGACCGUUUUGUGGAAUCAUAUUGUUUUGCAUUGUACCUGUUCACAGCUCUAGAUAUUGACAGAUUUAAAUGUUUUUGACUAGAAGAGAUUAGGGUGGAGAGACAGAGUGAUUGUGGUGAAUGGUGAAUGGGGAUACCCUUGCUCUUAUGAAUAUUACAACAAGCCCUUUACAUAAAGGAGAAAGCUGGACACAUUAGAAUAAACCUCAAGAUCAUUUUACUGGCUGGGCCCGGGCAUGAAUUGCCUCAGUGUCUGCAUAAAGUUGUGAUCCUGUAGGAAAAUCAGCUGUAUUUAUCAUUACAGAUAUUAAGAUGAGCACAGAGGCUGUUGAACAGACAGAAUCUCAGCAUGAACCAGCUGACAUUGAACAAAAUGGCAUUGACUUCAGCAGACAAAUAAAGACUGAGAACCUGAACGAUUCCCCUCAUUCUGGUUCGUCACACAAGACAUGCCACUUAACUCAGGGAUCGCCGGUGCCUGGUGGCCAGCUUACUGGGGUUUGGAACAACUGGGAGCUGCCCUCCCUGCACUCACUGCCCCAGCUCGUCCUGAUGCCUGGAUCUCAUCUGUCCUCUCCGUCAUCAUUUCUCCUCUCACAGGCCCAAUCAGGACACCAAGCACUGCUGCAGCCCAAUCUGCUUUCCUUGCCAUCCCAGUCCCAGACAGGACUCUUACCACACCAGCCAGGCCUCGCACUCACUCCUCAGGCAAUGGGCAGGACAGGGCUUGCUGGCUCCUCUAUGGAUGGACACCUGGACAUGUCUCACUUACAGGUCCCUAAACAUGUGGGAUCACCACAAGAUGAGCCUAAUGACCUGGAGGAGCUGGAGCAGUUUGCUAAAGCCUUCAAACAAAGACGCAUUAAACUAGGCUUUACUCAGGGUGACGUAGGUCUAGCCAUGGGAAAGCUGUAUGGAAAUGACUUCAGUCAGACCACCAUCUCACGCUUCGAGGCUCUCAAUCUUAGCUUCAAAAACAUGUGCAAGCUCAAGCCCUUGCUAGAGAAGUGGCUGAGUGAUGCAGAGAACUCGCCAUCCGACACCAUGACCAACCCCACCACCCUACCACCCCUUUUGGAGGGUUACGGGAGGAAGAGGAAAAAGAGAACAAGCAUUGAAACUAACAUCAAGCUCACACUUGAGAAACGCUUUUUAGAUAACCCAAAACCCAACUCUGAAGAGAUUACGCACAUCUCAGAGCAGCUAGCCAUGGAGAAGGAAGUAGUGCGGGUUUGGUUCUGCAACCGGCGGCAGAAAGAGAAGAGGAUAUACUGCCCCCUUUCCACUUCACCCAUGAAGUCUCACAACUACAACCCUCGUCUGCCUUCAACUUCACGCUCAUUCAGUCCACUCGCCUCUGGAGGUGGUGAGUAUAGAGCUGUGUCAUCAAGCUCCUCCCCCAACAGCCCCAGUCGAGGCUCUUCCCCCAGCGCUCUGUCCACCACAUCCAGUCCACUGAUGGCACAGGGGGUCAACCAGACGUUCAACACACCAGGAUCCUGGUAUCGCUGGAACACCACAUCAUACCACCACUGAGCACAUCUGAAGAGCUCCAGUACAUCCGGAGGCAACAGCCUCACUUCAUAACUCACCAGACGAGAGAGGUCUCUG